AUGAGCAGUAUAUUUUCAACUGUACUAUUUCCCUUCGUCCUUGCCCUGCUCUUUAUCCACGGGCUGAGUACGGCGAAAAAUAUCAAGGUCAUGUCCAUCAAUCCAAUCAACGUAUCAGACGACAACAACACGGGAAUAGCCGUCAAUUGUGGUAAACCGGAUGUAGUUAAAGUGAGUUGGACACCCAAAGACUUGUCCCCGUCUUCAGAGGUUACUGUCCAUGUCUACUUCAGGGCUCCAUUCACCAUGAACAGCGGUUAUCUCAACGCAAGUCUUUACUUUCACGGUUAUAAUUCACCUUUCCUUAAUUACGCUAAAAACAUUGACUGCGAUAUGAUGAAACAAUAUACCGGUCAUUGUCCCAUCACUGAAAAAUUAUUCUUUUCGUUUCCUAAAACAAUUCCCAAUUUGCACAGUCUGACAAAAUAUCCUGGCUACUUUGACGCCUUCAUUGAAGAAUUUAACAAACCCAAGCAGCAAAUGUUAUGUGUCAACAGCAGCCUACACAUACUUGAGGUGUAGGGUCUACAACACACAAAAAGACGACUUUUAUUUAAAAAAAUAUUUAUAUUUUUUAGGAAAGAAAUAUUUAUAUUCUUUAAAUGAAUAAAUGAAAAAUUAGACAAAUAUAUUUCUUUAAAAUGAAUACAAUUUUUUAAUAAAAGUUGAAUUUAACUUAAAUAAACUAGAAACUACUUUACCUAUGUAUAAUAUACCAGGAAAACUGAUAUUAUUGUUAUUACCUUUUCUUUAUUCCCAUAACAUACAGAUAAAAAUGUACUCGUAUUAAGCAAAAUUCUUCAUCAAAUAUUGUUUAAUUAAUACCAUUUUUGUGUUCAACAUAAUGAACGUAUCUUAAAGAGAUAUUAAAUUAGUAGUAGUUAUUGAAAAUAUCCAAGAAAACUUUUUUUUUUCCUCUGUACAUUUUGCAGCUUGGCAUACACAUAAUACCCGAUAUUGACAUUGUUUUUGCCUUGUGACACCGCAUGCUUUAAAUGUUUAUCGUCUCCUGUACAAAGAUUGCUCUUCUUUAUGACUGCUAUAAACAUUUGAUUGCUAUUAUUUUGCUCUUGAGUUUUUAGAAGA